AUGGUCUUUGCAAAGUUGCAGCUUGGAGCUGAACUCGGGAUACGUCCUACCGGCGACGUAGGAGUGUACUUCUGCCCAGAAACGCAAAAAGGGACAGAUCUCUUGGUCAGGAUGGUUCUUGAGAAGGGGAAAACGAAGAUGGCAGAGGAAGGAAAAUCUUUUGCCACGUUCAGACUCCGGACUUACAAUAACGCCAGCAUAGGAGCAUUCGACAGCCACGUUACCGCAAAGGAAGCACCGCUUCUUGCAAGCGAUAACAUGUCAAAAGCCAAACAAUGGCUUCAAACCUGUAUUGGAGGCCACACAAACUGUAAAGAAUUUCACAGGAGCACAAUCAACACUCCCCAGCAACGACCAACGCGAGUCCUUGAAAUUACAAAGUCCACCAUCCACCUCCGUUGUAACAUGCAAAACGAACGGUUCGACUAUCUUGUCUUGAGCUACAUGUGGGGAGAUAACCACAGGCGGCAGCUUCGCCUACUGCGAUCCAAUCUCAAAGACUUUCAAAAGGAGAUUCCACGUGCGGAGUUUGAAGCCUCGGAUGUGUAUAAAGAAGCGAUGCGCGUUACUCUUGCCCUUGGAUACAAGUACCUUUGGAUAGACAGUCUGACCAUCAUCCAAGACUCACCCGAAGACUGGGCCCACGAAGCGCGUCGCAUGGCCAUCGUGUACGGGAAUGCAACGGCCAAUCUCGCCUUUCUCUUCCCGCCGCAUUCACCCACUAAACCCAGCCAACGUGACGAUCCGCGGGUUUGGAACCCAUGUGUCUUCCGCUCUCCAUCUUCGCAAACACCCGGUAUAUACUUGGAACACACAAAAUCUUCUUUUCGCCGAGAUUACGCACCGGAGGAGAAAGCCCAAGACUGGCUCGUGCAACGCAGUUGGCCUCUUUUCAACCGCGCAUGGACAUUUCAGGAAUACCUCCUAGCACCACGGACUUUGCUUCUUGGACACAAGAAUCUCAUGUGGCAAUGUUCGGAAGGUUUCUACGAUGAGAUACUCGGUCCAAUUACCGACGUCCAUGCCACCACACUUCAGGAUCCCAAGCGCAAGGACAGAGGAAAAUUGCGAUACUUUCCCGAAACUAUACAUGAGCUGAGUGCCUUGAGGGACAAGAGAGGCAGUCUGAGUGAACCUGCGGUUUUGUCCUUUAUGAUGGAUUGGCAAAAUCUAGUCGACGAAUAUCGGUCUCGCAAACUAUCUUUUGAAAAAGACAGAAUCAUUGCUUUUGCUGGUGUAGCGCGUGCGUUUUCCAACUUGGGGCAAUUGACUUAUCUAGCGGGCUUAUGGUGGGAAGUCAUACCUAUUGCACUCCUCUGGUAUGUUGACAAGAAAAUGGUACCGCUUGUUCGUCGCGAGAAUGGAUUGCAGAAUGGUGGGUUACCUAGUUCGGUGUGGACAACUGAAAUUGAAGAAAGUGUUGUCCAACCAGAACUACCGAGCUGGUCGUGGUUCUCGGUUCCCAUAUGGAGGUACUAUCAACUGUACUUUCUAUUUGGAGAUGACGAGUUGGCGGUGCGGUGUAAAAGUUAUAGCGAGCCGAAGCUUGUGUGCUGGGACGAUGUCUUUUGGGCAGAAGUCAAGGGGUUUAGAUUUGUGGGACUGGGGAGAGAUCGUGUACCAGAGGGAAGUUUGUUUGACUUUUCCGGCCUGCAAGUCACGAUUGCGGCGUUGGUUUUGCCUGUCAAGGCGGAUUGGCCAGCUGACCUGGCGACACAGAUGCGAUGGCUGCAGCAACAUACUGCUAGUUCUUCUGGAAGCAGUUUUUGUUGGGAACCAGUCUUGGAAUACUAUCCUGAUGAUCCGGCUGGCCGUCCUUCGCCGCCUCGAAACGCAAUCUAUGCGUUGAUGGCGGAAUUCCAGGUUGCGAGGACAGCGGGCAAAAAUAACGUUCAGCGGCGGCUGGCUGGGUUAAUGUUGGUGCCUGGAAGUAAAGAAGGUACGUGGAGGAGGGUUGGAGUGUGGAAGCUUAGGAUCAAUGUGGUCGAUGUGCAUGUUAGCGGGGAGAAUAUCGCGGAGGUCGCGAAGAGGUGGAGGAAGAUGAGUGUGAUGUCGAGUAAGUGGCAGCAUGCAUUGAUUACUCUGGCAUAG